CCUCUUCUCUUCUCUUCCAACUCACCAUCGUUCCACCCACUUUCCUUUCAUUCCAGCGAGCAUUCUAUCACACUCAUACUGUUAGCGCUGCGGGAAUAUACUGAUGAUGACUGGUAGACAGAUCACCGACUCGCCUGAUGUUGAUUCUUCGACUGAGCCCCCAGCUGUUCCCAAGGAAGUUCCCCCAGCUGGUCCCUCGAUUGGUCCCUCGACUGGUCCUUUGCCUGGCCCCGCUUCUCGGCCGCCAAAUUUGAUGUUCGAUACCACGCCGUGGAAACAGACGAAAACGAAGAUCGAAAUCCCACGAAACGGCUGGGUAUACUUAGGGUGUCCCAAGUCCAAUGCAGUCUGCUAUACAGACUUCCACCCCGAGCAUCAGGAUGGUCUCGUUGUCAAGGUCCACGGGGCCACCAUGACCCGCGACGUAGGUACGGGUACUAAGGAAACUGUGGCAGGGUGGGCGGCAUACUGGGGGGGCCCCGGGAAUGAGUGGAACUUCAGUAUAGAACACAAGACCAUCAGGACAAAUUGGGUAGCAACCUUGGAGGCUUGCAAGUACGCUCUCGAGCUGUUUGCCAGUGGCCAGGACACAUUUAUCCCCCCGUUGAAAACGUUGGUCUUGAAGACUUGCAACAAACAUUUGAGAGACGCUUUCGAGAGAGAGAUACCGCGGUUGCUUCGUGAAAAAUGGAAGUCCAAAUACCGCGUGACGUAUCGCGAUAGGUUACUGGAUCUUUAUAAGUGUAUUGAGACAAUAAAAGAAGGGUACGGACAUACCUCGGUCAAGCUCUGGUUUGUCGAACAGGAGGCGGACAUUAAGGAGGCAGUGGAUCUCCUGGAUCCGAUACUCACGAGAGCAUGAGAUCGCGUUGACCUGUGGGGCUGGUCCAGUUGUCUUGAUAUCGUCCGGUGCGGUUAUGAUGACC